GAGAAACAUUUCCUUUCCCUGCCUAUGUCUGCCGUUCGGUCCCCCGCUCCGGCAGCCGCGCGGUGCGGGCAGUAGGCACCCUCCCGCGCGAUGGGAUGGGAUGCGAUGGGAUGCGGGGCGCGCUGUGGCCCGGCGGAGCCCUGUGGCUCCCUCCCCACCUGCCCGCCGGGUGGUACAGUCUGCAGAGGGACUCCUGUAAUGUACCGCAGCUCGCCCAGCCCGCGCAGAUGCCGAACCGCGAUUACUCCGCUGUGUAAUUGAAAUCCGUUCGGAUUUGUGAUGAUAUCUUAGCCAAGUCCAGAGGAAGAAAUGACCAUGUAGAUUCUACAGCUUGGGUGCAGCAUAAUGGGCAAUGGUGAAUGGAGUGGAGCUGGUCUGCAGCCUUGAAAGCAGCCGUCCUGCAGACCACUAGCCAGUCAGGGACACCUUGCACGCCAGAGGCAUCCUCCACGUCCUUGCCGGACACACACUGGAUUCUUUUUAAUUUCUUAGAUUGGAAUUCAAGAUUCCUUUCCUUCAAUUUUUAAACAGUUUUAAGAUUCUAUCAACUGUAACGAGUGGAGCAAUAUAAUCAGCAACAAUGGGUGACAUGACAAAUAGCGAUUUUUAUUCCAAGAACCAAAGAAAUGAGGCCAACCAUGCAGGAGAGUUUGGGUGCACACUGCAAGAACUGCGCUCCCUCAUGGAACUUCGAGGGACAGAAGCAGUAGUAAAAAUUAAAGAGACAUAUGGGGAAACAGAGGGGCUCUGCAGACAUCUCAAGACAUCACCAACAGAAGGAUUAGCUGGCACUGCUGCAGACCUAGAAAAAAGAAAGCUUAUUUUUGGAAAAAAUUUUAUACCUCCAAAGAAGCCAAAAACAUUCUUACAGCUAGUCUGGGAAGCAUUGCAGGAUGUGACUCUUAUAAUCUUGGAAAUUGCAGCCAUCAUAUCUUUGGGACUUUCGUUUUAUCAACCGCCUGGAGAAGGGAAUGAAGGAUGUGGUACUGCAACAGGAGGAGCUGAAGAUGAAGGUGAGGCUGAAGCUGGCUGGAUUGAAGGUGCUGCCAUCCUACUCUCUGUUAUCUGUGUUGUACUUGUCACUGCCUUCAAUGACUGGAGCAAGGAGAAGCAGUUUCGUGGGCUUCAAAGUCGUAUUGAGCAGGAACAGAAAUUUACUGUUGUCCGAGGUGGACAGGUUAUCCAGAUCCCAGUGGCAGAGAUAGUAGUUGGUGACAUUGCACAGGUGAAAUAUGGUGAUCUUCUACCUGCCGAUGGGAUAUUUAUUCAAGGAAAUGAUCUUAAAAUCGAUGAAAGCUCUUUAACUGGAGAGUCAGACCAAGUCCGCAAGUCUGUUGACAAAGACCCAAUGCUCCUGUCAGGUACUCACGUCAUGGAAGGCUCUGGACGGAUGCUCGUAACUGCUGUGGGUGUGAAUUCUCAGACUGGCAUCAUCUUCACCCUGCUAGGGGCUGGAGGAGAAGAAGAAGAAAAGAAAGAUAAGAAAGGUGUGAAACAGGAGGAUGGACAUCAGCUUCCAGAUUCUUCCCAUCCCUCCUCCCACCCUCCUUCAGCUACAGAUGGUGCAGCAGGUGCAAAUGCCACUGGUAAUGCAAAUGCCAGCUUAGUCAAUGGCAAAAUGCAGGAUGGGAAUAUGGAGAACAGCCAGAACAAAGCCAAGCAGCAGGAUGGGGCUGCUGCCAUGGAGAUGCAGCCGCUGAAGAGUGCAGAAGGGGGAGAAGGAGAUGACAAAGACAAGAAGAAAUCCAACAUGCACAAGAAGGAAAAGUCUGUUCUUCAGGGAAAGCUGACCAAGCUGGCAGUCCAGAUAGGGAAAGCAGGUUUGGUGAUGUCUGCCAUCACUGUAAUAAUUUUGGUACUAUAUUUUGCCAUUGACACGUUUGUGGUCAACAAGAAGCAGUGGUUGCCUGAGUGCACUCCUGUCUAUGUUCAGUAUUUUGUUAAAUUCUUCAUUAUUGGUGUUACUGUACUUGUGGUUGCCGUUCCUGAGGGACUUCCACUUGCUGUCACUAUUUCUCUGGCUUACUCUGUAAAGAAAAUGAUGAAGGAUAACAAUCUGGUCCGCCACUUAGAUGCUUGUGAAACUAUGGGUAAUGCUACAGCCAUCUGCUCCGACAAAACAGGGACGCUGACGACCAACCGGAUGACGGUGGUCCAAGCCUACGUUGGGGAUGUCCACUACAAAGAGAUCCCUGACCCAGACUCCAUACCCGCCAAAACCCUCGAACUGCUGGUUAAUGCAAUUGCUAUCAACAGUGCUUACACUACAAAGAUCCUGCCACCAGAGAAAGAGGGUGGCCUGCCUCGCCAGGUCGGCAAUAAGACGGAGUGUGGUCUCUUGGGAUUUGUCCUGGAUUUAAAGCAGGAUUAUGAGCCUGUUCGAAACCUCAUCCCCGAGGAGAAGCUCUAUAAAGUUUACACCUUCAACUCUGUGAGAAAGUCAAUGAGUACUGUCAUUAAAAUGCCAGAUGGCAGUUUCCGAAUGUACAGCAAAGGAGCUUCUGAAAUUGUGCUGAAGAAAUGUUCCAGGAUCCUUAAUGCAGCUGGUGAACCUCGGAUCUUCAGACCCCGCGACCGAGAUGAAAUGGUGAAGAAAGUGAUUGAACCCAUGGCCUGCGAUGGGCUGAGAACCAUCUGUGUUGCCUUCCGAGACUUCGGCAGCAGCCCAGAGCCUGACUGGGACAACGAAAAUGACAUAUUGUCUGACCUGACUUGCAUUUGUGUUGUUGGCAUUGAAGACCCAGUAAGGCCAGAGGUCCCAGAAGCCAUAAGAAAGUGCCAGCGAGCUGGAAUUACAGUCCGCAUGGUCACUGGAGACAACAUCAACACAGCACGUGCCAUUGCCAUAAAAUGUGGAAUCAUUCAUCCAGGAGAAGACUUUCUCUGCCUUGAAGGGAAAGAGUUCAACAGAAGGAUCCGAAAUGAGAAGGGAGAGAUUGAGCAAGAACGGAUCGACAAAAUCUGGCCAAAGCUUCGGGUGCUUGCUCGCUCAUCUCCCACUGACAAACACACUUUGGUCAAAGGUAUUAUUGACAGUACCCAGGUGGAGCAGAGGCAGGUCGUAGCUGUGACUGGUGAUGGAACCAACGAUGGACCAGCACUUAAAAAAGCUGAUGUUGGCUUUGCAAUGGGUAUUGCUGGAACAGAUGUUGCAAAGGAAGCCUCAGACAUCAUCCUGACAGAUGACAACUUCAGUAGCAUUGUGAAGGCUGUAAUGUGGGGACGCAAUGUCUAUGACAGUAUCUCCAAGUUCCUGCAGUUCCAGCUCACUGUUAACAUCGUGGCUGUGAUUGUGGCUUUCACUGGAGCAUGCAUUACCCAGGACUCUCCUCUGAAAGCUGUACAGAUGUUGUGGGUCAAUCUCAUUAUGGACACCUUUGCCUCCCUUGCUUUGGCCACCGAACCUCCCACCGAGGCUCUGUUGCUGAGAAAGCCAUAUGGCAGGAACAAACCUCUUAUAUCCCGUACCAUGAUGAAGAACAUUCUGGGCCACGCUGUUUACCAGCUUACUCUCAUAUUUACACUUCUUUUUGUCGGCGAGAAAAUGUUUAAGAUUGACAGUGGGAGGAAUGCACCCCUUCACUCUCCUCCUUCAGAGCAUUACACCAUUAUCUUCAACACCUUCGUCAUGAUGCAGCUUUUCAAUGAAAUCAACGCACGGAAAAUCCAUGGUGAAAGGAAUGUCUUUGAUGGCAUCUUCAGAAAUCCUAUUUUUUGCACUAUUGUACUGGGUACCUUUGCUAUUCAGAUAGUAAUUGUCCAGUUUGGAGGAAAACCAUUUAGCUGUUCCCCCCUGCAGCUUGACCAGUGGAUGUGGUGUGUAUUUAUUGGACUAGGAGAACUUGUAUGGGGUCAGGUCAUUGCAACCAUCCCAACAAGUAGGCUAAAGUUUUUAAAGGAGGCAGGGAGGCUCACUGAGAAGGAGGAGGCCCCUGAGGAAGAACUCAAUGAAGAUGUUGAGGAAAUUGAUCAUGCAGAGAGAGAACUUCGACGUGGACAAAUUCUCUGGUUCAGAGGGCUCAACAGAAUCCAAACCCAGAUCGAAGUAGUCAAUACUUUCAAGAGUGGCACUUCCUUUCAGGGGGCUCUAAGGAGACAGUCCUCCGUCACAAGCCAGACCCAGGAUAUCCGCGUCGUGAAGGCAUUCCGUAGCUCUCUCUAUGAAGGUUUAGAAAAACCAGAAUCUAGAACCUCUAUUCACAACUUUAUGACUCAUCCUGAAUUUAGGAUAGAAGAUUCCCAGCCCCACAUCCCACUCAUUGAUGACACAGACCUAGAAGAAGACUCUGCUCUCAAGAAAAACUCGAGUCCACCGUCUUCGCUGAACAAGAACAACAGUGCUAUCGACAGUGGAAUAAAUCUUACAACUGAUACAAGUAAAUCAGCUACCUCUUCUAGUCCAGGAAGCCCAAUACAUAGCCUGGAGACAUCACUUUAGCUGAAAAGGUCACUGCAAAAAAAAAAAAAAGGAAAAAAAAAAAAGUAAAAUAAAAUAACAACCCCCACAGCAACCGAAAUAUAUAAAUAUAUAUAUUAAAAACAUUGCUGGCUGAAAAGCUGUUUGAACUCUUAUUCACUCUGAGACAAGUGAAUGAAUUGUUGAUCACAAUGGUUUUGGGGAAAGAAUGAAUGGCUGAUUUACAUACACACCCCCCCCCCUUUGUUCCCUGUCAGACAAACAAAACCACCCCUCCUGCAUGAACGUACUGUACACUUCUGGCCCUUCUUUCUCUCCUUUGGUUUCUUUUUCUUUCUUUUUGUUUUCUCCUCCUUAAGCAGGAACUGCAGAGGACUUCUUUCUGAGGCUAUUUAUCCAAUUCACUGGUCUGUGAGUUUUUUGAAAUGCUUGUGUGGCAUGGACUCAAUUGUAUAGAUUAAUUUAAAUAACUUUUUUGAAGUUGCAAAGCUUAACUUGCACAGUAGAUUUGCACCAGUUGGACAGAGGAACUUAAACAUUUAUGAGACUAUAUAUAGAGAUAUAUACAUAUAAGUAUAUACAUAAUUAAUUAUAUAUAUGUAUAUAUCUAUCUAUAUAUAAAUAGUUAUAUAUAUAAAGUUUCUUUGUUGGCAUGUUGCCUUGUUUCUGCUCAAAUUGCUCUGACUAUUUUAACUUAUUUAUGUCCUAAAAAAAGAAUGUAAUUUGUUUACAAACCUGUAGAUAAUAUCCUUAACUAUUUGUAGGGUUAAGAAAGCACUUCCUGCCGAAGUAGUAUAAAACUGGCUCAGCUCAGCUCAUUGAAAAUGUCUGUAAUAUCGCACCCUGGAUAUUUUAUUACAACCGUGUUCUGAUUUCUGCCUGAUUUUUUUUUUUCUUGGGUGUUAAAUAAUGUAGAUACUGCUAGUAAAUAACAAAAGAAGCCAAAAUAAAACACAUUGGAUGUAGCAUUGUGAUCCUGUAUACAGGGAGGUAAACCAGGCUUCCUUUGUUUCAAAUAAAAAUCAAAAUUAUCAGGUUGUCUCUUCCCCCCCGAUAAUCUGCUUGACUUUGUUUUGGUGCAACAUACAAUAAUGGAGGCUGUUUCAUUCUUUUAACAUAUGGCAAUGGCUUCCAAAACUAUUUUUAGAGAGAUAUUAUAUGAGUUUAUAAAUAUAAUAAGUUAUAUUUGGGUUGUCUAUAUGGAGAUAAAAACUAAUGUUAAAAUAUUGUGAUAUAUUGUGUUAAUCCCUUUCAGUUAGUACUUUAGGCAUUGAUUUCCUUACUACUUGCGAAGUACGGGCUGUUGGCAUUUUGGAUGAGAAUCACUGUAGGUUGUUGCUUUGAUUUUUUUAAAGGAACAAUAUCAUUUCUGCACUAUUAGGUCUGAAUGAAACUUUAUUAAUUGUAUAUUGAGAUGUGCUUUGUGUGACUUUUUGUUUUUUAACCGAGCUUGUCUUCCUGUAGUCUCAAGGUAUCACUGUAACACAGUCAUGUUAUUGUACCUUGAGCUUUCUACGAAGAAAGCUGUUUAGAAAACCUGCAGUAUGGAGGGUGAAAAAAGAUUUUUCAAGAUGGUAACAGCCCUGAUAACAUAAAACUUAUGAGCAUCUAUAAUUGCUAUGUCAACCACUUGAAUGCUAAGCACUUUGUGGAUCACAGAUUUUUCAUAAAUAAUUUUUGUAUUUAAUAUAAAGUUUGCUUGGAGACUUUUCAGCAUAUGAUCUUUUUCCAUAACUGUACAGUGCAAAAGACAUUUUGAAUUACACAACUGAUUAUGCCAGAUGUGUUGAAAAACACUCUCAAACUAGCUUGAUAAAUUGAUUUGUUAAGGUCUUACUGGUUGUCUUAGAGUUGGCUCGUAAAGUGGUGCAUCUCUGCAGUCACAAGCACUAAACCAAGCCAGAACUCUCCAAAACAAGAUUAGACUCAUGGCCAAACUGCAGACUGAAGUGACUAAAACGUUUUCAGGGUGCAUCAAGACUAUUCAGCCAGGUAACGCUCUAAUCAGCUUGACUUGCCAGCUUCCGGACUCUUGUGUAGAAGCUUGAAUGUUUUUUGGCUCCAAGUCUUAGUUCGCUAUCUGAUCCAAACCUUUCACUCAACAGCAGAACAGGUCUUUGAAGGUAUAUACAACUCUCUCUUCAACACAUAGUGUGACCCGUUUCUUAACAGUAAAAAGCUAGCAUGGAAACAUAAUUAUUUAGCUAACUCCUAGCAACAAAGUGAUUGAAACUCAGUCAGGAUUGUUCGCUUUGUAAAUAUGGUGAUUAACCUUUGUAUAACAUGUAUUGGGUUUCUAUGGCCUAUUUGGGAUAUCAUAUUCAGAAGAAAACAAAAGUGUUAUCUAUUUACAGGGAAGCCUCUAGCUUUGGACUUGAACAUCUACAGAAGCUACUAAUACUGGAACAAUUUAUUUUCAGCAUCUUCACACUGACUGUUUGCCUUUUUAUUUUCAAACACUCUUCAUGUUUUCUCUUGGUUUCAUUUGUCUUUAAAUUCUCCUGUAGGAGUACCCCUCCCUAAGGUACCAUUUGCAGACUUGAAAACUGUUAAGACAAUGAACACUGCAUUCUGUGUAUAUAUAGUAAAACAUAUAUAAACUGAGAUGCAUAGAAAACUUGGGCUUUUGUGAGCAGAGACUGUGCUUUAUGUAUAUGAUAAAUGAUAGAUUUUUUUUUUUUAAAGCAGAAUAGCUAUGACCUUUCAACUACAAGUCGUGCAUCACAAUUCCUUUCUUUUAUUGCUUGACCUCUCUGUGAUGGGAACAAUGGAUCAAAAACCAAAAUGAUCAGUUUGUUAAAAUUCCCUGCAAUAUAUAAAUGCUCGCUCUCUACGUACUGUAUUUAGCAGCAUGAGAUUUGUGGACAACAAUACAGUGGUACAUUGGCAAUCCAUCCCACUAGGGGUUAUUAAUAUAUGUUCAUUCAUCUGUUUUUAUGAAUUUUUUUAUCUAGACAAUAAUUGUAAAUAAAGAACUUAACUCUGUCUGUUCAUUUAAUACUAUGCAAAAGGUUAUGCUUUCUAUUGUUAUUCUUAUUCCUACAGUGUGAUGCUGGAAUGUUUGUGGUUUCAAAAAACAAAAAACCAAAAAAACAAAAAAAAAAAGACAAAAGUAAGUAAAAUAUGUGAUGUAAAUUAUUUUAUAGUUUGAAACAAAAUGAUAAAGUUUUACUCUUGCUGCUUUCUGUCUAAUAGAUCUCUCUUGGCAGGAGCACAAGUGGAAAAUUUAAAGAAAUAAAUUCACAAAGCAGCAUGAACAAUAAUGGUCUGAAUGUAACAGCUUUCUUUAUUUUCACCUGAAGUCAUUAGAUUUAGCUCUGGAUUCCCACUGCGAUAUUUUUAAUGGAGAGGUGUAUGUAAAUCUUGUGGACUGGCAGCAAGAAGCCUGCUCAGCAGUCAGUGGUUACACUUUCAGUACACCCCGGCCAUGAGCCAGCCCAGGGUGCUUCCAGUCCCUGCCCGACUACGGGCCAGGGUGAUGCCUAGAAAGAUGACUUGGUCCAUGCUGAGGUGGUGGUGCACAGUGGUGGGAAUGGCUGAUGUGAAUGAUGCUGCAGUGAAGUCAUCUGGAAUUACCAAGUACAGUGAAUCUGUGUCUGAAAUAAUUAAUUUAAUCUUGGUCCUAAGACCAACAGACAUGGAAGUCUGUUCUCCUAUCACUUUGGCCCAUGACAUAUCCAUUCAUUGAGGUACAUUUUUUUCACCUCUUUCCCCCUCUGUCACAAUCAGAAAAAAACUCUUCUGGAAAUAGGGAGUUCAGUCCGGGAGUUGUGUCCUGCCAUUAAGACCUUUAACACUGCAUGUGCAGUGCUAGGGCAAAAUAAAGGACUUCCUAUUUUGGUGUUUAGACCCUCAGCCCAAAGUUUCUUCUUAUUUUUAUAGCUUAGACUAAUGCUGUUGUUCCAUAGGCUGCAGUACAGCCCGUGAUCGUACAGGCAACUGCACUAGUAAAAGCAAGGUUUUGAAGUUAGCUAAACAGACAUAGUGAGCUGAACUUCUCACACAAGGUGUAAGGUGAGUGACUAUCAUAUAAUGUCAUUGUUAAAGGUAAAAUGCUUCAAUUUACAGAUUUUCCUGUCUUCAUACCAUGAUUUCAAGCUCUUACCCACAAAUUCUGUAUGAUGAGAAAUAUCUGAUAGCAGCCAAAACUACAGUGAAAUAGUACUACAGUGGGAGAAAAGUUACCAAAAAAUACAAAUGUAUUCAACACAGUAAAUUCAACAAAAACCCUACAGAAAAUAGUUGUUAGUUAACAGAUUUCUUGUAUUAAUUGAGCUUUACAACUGGUUUGGAAUUAAACUGUUUUCUGCUUUGAUUUUGUGAGCUCAGCCUAGGUAACAAUCUGAAAAUAUUUAUCUUCUGAUUCUCUGUCACUCAUUUACCUCCUCCUUACACACAUACCUUUAUUUGCAGCCUUAGUCCAAGUGCUUUUGGCAGCACUCUGUCUCCGCUAACAAGUAUCUGUGUGUUGAGGUGUUAGUAAGAAAGUGGACUGGGGUUGCACGGUGUGUUUUAAGCGCUGAGUAUCUGUAAAGCUUCUGUCAGCCUCAGAGAUGUAUUUUAUGAGUUGUACCUUCUCAAAAGUGUUUGUGAUAUGCUUUCUUAGCACUGCGUAGAUGCGAGUUGUACACGUGAAUUUAGAAGAAUAACAGGGAUUAAAUUCCCCACUACCCUGACUUCAUAUUCUGCAUCAGACUGAAGAUUCAGAAAGGCACGUGGUAUUUGAAGUUAAAGUGACUAGUCCAUCACAGUGAACUAAGACUGAUGUCCUGAUUCAAAAUAAGAAUGACGUGGUUUAUUCUUGCUAUUCUUCUUGUACCCAUACUAAAUAUACUCCUGUGAAGACAAAGAGGGUAGUCAUGCAUGCCUUGAUAGAAAUAUCAGGUGCUGAUCAUGUAGACUGAUGCUACACUAAAUGCUACUAUAUGUAUUUGAUGCAGAUAUUACUGAGAUGGAAUGGGGGAAAUCGUUCACAAAUAGUGCAUGAAGGAGAGGCAAAGAGAAAAGUAGGGAGGGAAAGGAAGAAAAUGCAGGUGCAUGUAUAGUUUGCUAUAUACUGAAAUGAAAUAAAAUCCUAAUUGUUUGUUA